CUCCUCCUCAACCUCGAUCUCCUCCUCCUCUGCUUCCAUUCUCGACUCCACCAAGUGUUUGCUUCCGAGCCCUAGCUGCGUCGAGGCGCGGGAGCAAUGGCGGAGGCGGCGGCGAGGAGGUGGGCGGCGGCGCUGGUGCUGCUGGUGCUUCUCACCGGCACCGUCGAGCUCAUCGGCGGCGGAGGCGGGAGCGGCGGGCGGCGGCUUCUCGCUGGCCUCCGGGCCGGGAGCACGGCGGCGGCGAGCGGCACGCGGCGGUGGCUGCGCGACUCGUCCUGGCCGGCGACGGCGGCGGCCGCGGCGGCGGCGAGCAGAGGAGAUGACGGUGAUGGCGAUGAGGCGUCGUCGGCGGCGAUGACGGUGCCCGGCGCGGUGGACGACCCGGAGGAGGUGGUCUCGCAAGUGCACAUGUCGAUCAGGAACAGCACGGCGAGGAGGAAGCUGGGCUACCUGUCGUGCGGCACCGGCAAUCCGAUCGACGACUGCUGGAGGUGCGACCCGGACUGGCACAAGAAUCGCCAGCGGCUCGCCGACUGCGGCAUCGGCUUCGGCCGCAACGCCAUCGGCGGCCGCGACGGCAAGAUCUACGUGGUCACCGACCCCAGCGACGACGACGCGGUGAACCCCAAGAAGGGCACGCUCCGGUACGCCGUCAUCCGCGACGAGCCGCUGUGGAUCGUCUUCAAGCGCGACAUGGUGAUCACGCUCAAGCAGGAGCUGAUCAUGAACAGCUUCAAGACCAUCGACGGCCGUGGCGCCAACGUGCACAUCGCCAAUGGCGCCUGCAUCACCAUCCAGUACGUCACCAACGUCAUCAUCCAUGGCCUGCACAUCCAUGACUGCAGGCCCACCGGCAAUGCCAUGGUCCGGAGCUCGCCCAGCCACUACGGGUGGCGCACCAUGGCCGACGGCGACGCCGUCUCCAUCUUCGGCGCCAGCCACAUCUGGGUUGACCAUUGCUCGCUCUCCAACUGCGCCGACGGCCUCAUCGACGCCAUCAUGGGUUCCACUGCAAUCACAGUGUCCAACAACUACUUCACCCACCACAAUGAGGUGAUGCUCCUGGGUCACAGCGAUUCCUAUGUCAAGGACAAGGCAAUGCAGGUCACGAUAGCAUUCAACCAUUUCGGAGAAGGUCUUAUUCAGAGAAUGCCAAGGUGCAGGCAUGGUUACUUCCAUGUGGUGAACAAUGACUACACCCACUGGGAGAUGUACGCAAUUGGUGGAAGUGCUGAGCCAACCAUCAACAGCCAGGGCAACCGCUACCUUGCUCCGACAAAUCCCUUUGCCAAGGAGGUUACAAAGAGGGUUGAGACUGCUCAGACCAUCUGGAAGGGCUGGAACUGGAGAUCAGAGGGGGAUCUCCUCCUGAACGGCGCCUUCUUCACCCCAUCAGGUGCAGGCGCCUCGGCCAGCUACUCGCGCGCCUCAAGCCUCGGUGCCAAGUCAUCAUCCAUGGUUGGCACCAUCACAUCCGGUGCGGGCGCCUUGUCGUGCCGCGGGGGCUCAGCCUGCUAGUGCACACCGGAGAAGAGAAAGAGAGAGUUGCGCAACACCGCAAUCGCGCCACGACAACACAAAAGAAACACAAGAAUUAUAGAAGAAGCUAAAAGCUACUACCGGAACAUCGCGGGUUACAGCCUUUUCUUUUCUCUCCCCUUCUCCCUCUCUCUCUCUCUUUUUUGCAGCUUUUGACAAUGGUUAUAUAUGACCCUCUCCAAGAAGAUUCACCAUUUCCUCAACCUCCCCCUGCUCCCAACUGUGAACACUGUCAAUGGCAGCAGGCGAGAAGCGUUGCUGAUUGAGAUUUCGUCGUUCGCUCGGUCUCCUAUUAGACAUCUGAGUGUGUUGAGUGUGUGUAUGUUUUGUGUCGGAUCGAUGAUGAUGUCUGCCCCCCUGAUCAUAGCAAGUGUAAUGCGAGAUCAGGGGGCGCUCGACGUCUCACAAUACCUUUGGUUGUCAAAAGGAAGAGUCUACCACAAUGUUUUGUUUUGUGCCUUGGGUUGCAGAUGUGUUUGCCGUGCGUGGAGUGAGUGCUACUGCUGUAAAAGACGAAAAUAUGCAUAGUUUACCCUCCUUUCCUCUUCUUCACUGAAAGUUAAAGAGCAGGCUUAAUAUUUAUGUUAUACUACUCCCACCUGUCAA